AUGGCGCCUGCAACGCAAGUCGAGCUGUCGCCGCCGCCCGGCGACGCGGUCUCUGCCGUCGUCUUUGCGCCGGAGACUAGUACCAAGCUGCUUGUUUCCUCCUGGGACAAGAACGUCUACCUCUACGACUUGAGCAAUGGCGCCAGCGACGCCAAACUUUCAAACACAUAUGAACACAGAGCGCCUGUGCUAGAUGUAUGCUUUGGCGCAAGCGACGAUGAGGCCUACACUGCGGGUAUGGACUGGGCCGUCAACAGGAUAAACCUCGCCACCGGCGAAAAGGUUCUCGUCAGCAAACACGCCGCUCCUGUCCGCAACGUCCGCUACAGUACCAACCACGGCAUCCUCGUCUCCACCUCGUGGGACUGCAGCCUGUCCCUGCACGAUACCGAGAACCCUUCCAGCACGCCCCUACGCAUUUCACUGCCCGGAAAGCCGCAGGCCCUCGCCAUCAGCCCUUCCAAGGUCGUCGUCGCCAUGACUGGCCGCAUCAUCAACAUCUACGACCUCGACGCCAUCAAGUCGCUCAUCGCCCAGGGCGGCAGCGGCGCUGACCUGAAACCCUGGCAGCAGCGCGAGUCGUCGCUGCGGUACCUGACGCGCGCACUCGCAUGUAUGCCCAACGACGCGGGCUACGCUACGAGCAGCAUCGAGGGCCGCGUCGCGGUGGAGUGGUUCGAGGACACGGCCGAGUCGCAGGCGCGCAAAUACGCCUUCAAGUGCCACAGACAGCCUGCACCCGACGGCGACGGCGACAUUGUCUAUCCUGUUAAUGCGCUGGCCUUUCACAACUCCCACGGCACAUUCGCCUCGGGCGGCGGUGAUGGCACCGUGGCGCUCUGGGACGCAGAGGCCAAGCGCAGAUUAAAGCAGUACCAGAAGUCGCCCAACAGCGUCGCAGCGCUGGCCUUCUCCAAUAAUGGCAAGUACCUAGCCAUUGGUGUGUGCCCGGGUUUUGAGACGGGUCAACAGGACUACAACGGGGAGGGCCAGACCAUUGUGAUUAUCCGCGAGCUGGGAGAGAAUGAGGCCAAGGGUAAGGGGUCUAAAUAG